UUCAAAGGCGACAAAGAUGGGGGUUUCACCGUAUUAGCCAAUUACAUAGGAGCAUUCGGCAACCCGCAGAACACUAAACCUGAAAAAAUCGCCAUGACCGCUCCGGUGAUAACCAAGGAAUCAGAAAAAAUAGCCAUGACAGCCCCUGUAGUGACCAAAACAGCUGGAAAUGAUAAAUUGAUGACUAUGCAGUUUAUAUUGCCGUCAAAAUACACCACGGCAGAGGAGGCGCCACGGCCGGUGGAUGAACGGGUGGUGAUAAGGGAGGAGGGAGAGAGGAAAUACGGGGUGGUGCGGUUCAGUUGGGUGGCUAGUGAUAAGGUUGUGGCGGAGAAGGUGGAGAAUUUGAAGAAAUGGUUGGCAAGAGAUGGGUACAAGGUGAGUGGGGAUUUUGUUUUGGCUAGGUAUAAUCCUCCUUGGACUUUGCCUCCAUUCAGGACUAAUGAGGUUUUCAUUCCGAUUGAGUGAGUGAUUUUGAUAUUAGUCUGGAGAUGUUUACUGGGUUCGAAUUAUUUAAUGCUUAUGUUAGCUAGUUCUUAUAGCUUGAUGAUGGUUGUGUAUUCAUAAAGUAUAAUUUUGCAUAUUUAAAAUGACAUUUUGAUAAUGAAUAAAUUGUAUUUUUUGUUUA